AUGCAAUGUGACUCCACAAGAACGUCCAUAUACGUCGCGCCCAUCGAGAACCCAGCAAUUAGCGAACCCGAAGCUGCUACAGCCACUAUCAACGGAAAUCCCAACAGAAGCCUCGACUUUGUAUGUGUGGCUACCUCAAAUAUUAAUGUCCAUACAAGUCUAACAAGCGACAUUUCUAGAAAAGGACCACCAAGCAGUCUCCUUAACCGAAAGGACGGGGAGAUACACCUUAGCAAAAGAAAUUCAAGUAGGGAUGUCACGCGGUCUAGCACGAGAAGGCCGAAAUCGCGGUCCCCUUCAGUCUCGUCGAGUAGAUCUUCGAGUUCAGUUUCCACCAUAUCCACCAACCGCUCGCGGUCCUCCCCUCCGAAGAGACGGCACGACUUGUCCCCAUCACCCUUCCGGACGGAUGAGCGUAAAAGAAAAGCAAGAAGUUCAUCAAGUGAAUCAUAUUUUUCGUCCGAUUCAGAUGCGGAAACGCAUUCGCGCUCGCGUGAAACCGACCGCCGUAUUCGACGCAAGUGGAAGUCGCAAAGCCCUAGCGAACGGGGAAGACGGUGCGAUCCAAGGAGGAGAAGGAGUUGGAGAGGUAGAUCUGAUAGUCGAAGCAUGGAUAGGAGCAGGAUUGCGAGAGAGAGGCGCUCGGUAACACCCUCAGCGAACCAAAACGGACCGUCAACGUGGAAUGAACCAAGCCCUGUUCAGGGGUAUAGAAAACCUUCUCCAGGUUCAAGUCCUAGCAGAUCCAGGAUCAGGCGUCGCAUGCGCUCUCCCGCGAAGGACAGACGGGGAGAUGAUGACACUAUGAGACGUGAGGCACCUCAACCCGAAAGGCGAAGCUUGAGCCCGUACAGUAAGCGGCUGGCCUUGACGCAAGCCAUGAAUAUGAGGACGUGA